GACCACAAAUUCAUCUUUAUCAUUAUGGACAAACCAGAAGAUGAUUUGGAAGCAUCUUUAAAAAGUUUCCCUUGCAUGAUUUUUCUGGAAGAUUCCAGCAAUGUAGACCAUCAGCGGCUGAAGGAUCUUCAAAAGAAACUGCAAUCUGAACUGGACAUGGACAACGACUAUCAGACAGAACUUGUACAGAAACUCAACGUUUACACGUGGGUGGAGUUUAAAUUAGACAACAAAGAAAAGGCUAAGGCCCUGAAUAACAGAGUGCUUGAGUUGGACCAGAACAACGUUACUGCUCUAGGAAACCUGGCUUACAUGAGCUGGAUGAACGGGGAAGAAGAUCUGGCCAAAGAUUAUUUAAGGAAGCUUCAAGCUUUGCACAUGCACAAGGAUGCAAAGUCAAUGAUGGCUGUCGGAAAAGCACAGAUGGGUUACGCUUACUCGCGUCUCGGUGGUGUUGAAAAUAUCGAAAAUGCGAUUGAGAUCUACACGGAGGUGUUAGAGGAAAAACCCGAUUUUGUCAAUGGGAAACUGUGUCUCGGUUUGCUGCUGAGGAGAAUCACGCACAACAAUUUGUCAGCCGAGUUCAAAUUUAAGACGGACCAUAAGAACCACUUCGAAAAAGCAGCAACUCUUUUGUUUGAGGUGGGCGUGUCUGGGGAAGAUGGCGCCGUACAAGGGCGAGCUUAUGCUGAACUGGCUCUCUUGUUGCAGGAUGCUGAAAAAUUUAUAAGUAAAGAUGAAUGUAGGGAAAUAUUCCGACAGAAAGAUAUACUUGAACUUUGUGAGGAAGCCUUAAAAUAUGGUUAUGAUAAUGCGAGAACGGUUGCAGAGUGCGGGCGAAUCUUGAAAGAUAAACACUUGGACAAAGCUAUCCCACUUCUUGAAAGAUCUUGCGAGUUGAGAAACCAUACGAUUGCAUGUCACCAUUUAGGAAUCUGUUACGAGAGAAAGGCGAAAGAGAUUAUGAAAAUAAAGAUGACAGAAAAUAAUGCUGCUAAUGAUAGUUUUGAAGAUAUCAUACUGAAUCCCGAAGACGAGUUAGUGAAAAAAGCAAUAUCCAUGUAUGAAGAGGCCAUCAAGGUAUCUUGCGACACCAACAUGUCUGCCAUGUACAGUCUCGGCUUGUGUCUCAAGGCGUGUUGUCGACUUGAACAAGCCCUUGGGCAAUUCAAUAAAAUCACAGUGACUGCUCACAGACGAAAAAAUAAAAAGAGACAGCUAGAUCACAUAGUUACUUUGAUUAACUCGUACGAACAAGCCGGCCUGUGCCAACUGCAGCUCACCGAGAAACAAGACGAAGCCGAGAAGAAAUUAAUGCAGGCGGUCAGUUUAGCUGCCGUCGUGGUGGCUUCGAGGCCGGACUUGAACACCCACACCAAACACAUAUGGAAUGCAUUAACAACUAUUGAAGAUGUGUACGAUCAGAAACCACCAGAAUCCAUUAAGAUUCUCAUCGGCCUGCUGUCACGUAUCGGACAUCAUGGUAAGGUCCUCCAGUAUUUUGAAAAACUUCGUGAACUUGGUGAUGACCACGCCUCUCAUCCCGAUGUGAUGGCAAAAGUACUUGACAGUUUCAUGGCACUAAGGGAGUACGACAAGGCGUACACAACAUUGACAAUGCUAAGGACGCAGGCUUUGUUUGCAUUUGAAGAUGAAUUGACUCUGAGGAUCAACCUUUUCACAGCUGCCAGCCGUCUGCAGACUCGGGAAGGAGAUACAGAGUCGAUUUUCAAAGACGUUUUCGACACUCACUUUAAACAGAAAGGGAACACGGAAAAUGGAGGGAACAGAUCAGAAGAAAGUCUUGGAGAGACUUCUACAGUGUUGUUGGAUGUGCUGAUGCUCCACAACGAUCUAGGAGAUCAAAAUGCGAGUGAAGAAAUUAGACAGAAAUUUCUUAACAUUAUAAAUACUUUCUUUGGAUUAGAAGUGAGCUGUAACCUUGAGGUGAGUUUGAAUGUAAAACAUACACACACACACGUUCACACAAACACACAUACACACACCCCCAAACACAUACACACACAGAGACGAGCACACACACACAAUAACACAAUUAACCAGUGAACUUGAGGCCCAUCUCAUCAUCAUUGAAUAUUCCCCGCUCGACACAGCCAAAACUCAUCAUGUAAAUAUAAAAUAAACUUGAAUAAGUUGUCUUAUCAACAAUAAAUUAUAUUCACCAAUGCCAACGCUAUGGGCGUUAAUCAAUUGAAAUAAAAUAGAAUCCUCUACAGGAAAUUUUCCAGAAAGGGGCCAAUUUAUUUAUCCCUAAGUUAGGACCUAUACUUAUAUUAUAAUACUUCAGUGGCGUGAAUAAAAUGCCCGUUUAUGAUCUUGGGGGGCGCACUAAUUAGGUUAGGGUUUAAAGAAAAUGCGUUACUUGCAUCCAGGAUUUGUCAAAUGUUAAGCCGCCCCAUUUCUCGAUUUUACAUUUCAUAAAGGAUUUAUUCUUUAUACGAAAAACUUUGUUGUUUUUUAAAGGGUUGUUUAGUUUAUGGUUAGGGCCCAAAAUAAAAUAUUUUUUUAAAGACGAUUUAUAAAUUGAAUAUUAAUUUAUGGAAAGAUCUAGGCCAAACUUGAUACGCAUACACUCGAAGUUCUGUAAUAAAAACUGGAGUGUUUUGAACUCAUAAUAAUCACCACGGUCGGGGUAAGAUACACUAAUUUCAAUUUCUCUCAGAUGCGUUACAUCUUUCACAAUUAUCAACGCAUUUAACAUUUUCCAUUUAAUUUAGCUAUUUAUCUCAGGAAUUAUUUAGGGUCCCUAUCUUAUUGAUAACUUAAACGUCAUCUUAUAGAACGGGUCCACACGGGAGGGGUGGGGGGGGGGGUAUUUUAAUGUUUAACGCUGUGCGUUACGUCAUUUGUUACGUCAUUUUUUUUGCAGAUGUUUUAGUUUUGAAAUAAUGAUGUCAUAAGAAUCAUUUUUGACAAGUUAUUUGAAGAUUUAAAGAAAAUAUAGAAUGUUCCAGGACGUUCUACAUUUCUGCUUACUUAACUUAAACGUCAUCUUAUAGAACGGGUCCACACGGGAGGGGUGGGGGGGGGGUAUUUUAAUGUUUAACGCUGUGCGUUACGUCAUUUGUUACGUCAUUUUUUUUGCAGAUGUUUUAGUAUUGAAAUAAUGAUGUCAUAAGAAUCAUUUUUGACAAGUUAUUUGAAGAUUUAAAGAAAAUAUAGAAUGUUCCAGGACGUUCUACAUUUCUGCUUACAGAUAUAAAUGUUAUGAAAAUGUCAGAGGAAUCGAAAAGUUGAUGGUCAUCUAUCUACGAAAAAGUUCAGCAAACUUUCCCUUGCCCCACCUUUUCCCCCACUUACUCACAAUGAUAACAACUGACAUGACUUUAUUGCGCUGAGUAAUGAAAACUAAAAUGGUAUCGGCAGUGAGAAUCUUUUAGAGUAUCGUUUUAAUAAAACCUCUACAUAAGCGAUUCCCAAAUCUUGAGUUUGGCGGACCAGAGUACACAUUUUGAAAAUGAACCUGUUACCGGUGCAAUAUUUAUUAUUUUUUGUCUGCUAUAUUUUCUUUAUUUGACCAUAAAUAUUCAUGUUAUUCGGACCGGAAACGUAAGUGUCGCGGACCUGUGCCGGUCCGUGGAACACCAUUCACGUGACGCAUCUCAUCUUGUCACCCUAUUCCCCUUUAAUUUAAAACUACCAGUCUCCCACCGUCACAUUUUGAAAUAUGAUAUUAACAAAAGUCAUGACUCCACAGCCAAUGUGGAUAGUAUAAUGUUACUUCUCUAAAACGUUGUGUAAUAUUUCGUCUAUCUCCCUUUGUACAGGGUUGCUUCCCGGGAGGAGUUAGAGCUGAACUUCUCCUGAAAGAAAUACAAAGGUCAAAGUUGAUUGUCUUCUUGUUUGACCCUGCGCCAUUCUCCAGGUAGGUCAACAUUGUCGUGUUGUACAUGAAUAAUGAUUUACAAUAACAAUUUGUAUUACGUUUAGUCUGAUGGGAUCGUACGCUAUUUUUAAAGUUAUAGCUGUAUUUAAUUGCAUAAAAAAACAUUUUAAAAUAAAUAAAUAAACGUAUGAAGAUUAUCAAAUGUACAAUUUAUUUUAUAAGAUGAUUGUGUAAGAUUUAAAUCCCCAAAAAUGUGGCUAUUUUAUCACGCUGAUAACGCAAUGAUAUGAAAUUAGCAUGAAAGAAACAAGACAUUUAAAGAGUAGGGGGAAAAGAAAUGCGUAUAGCGACAAAAAAAAUGGGGAUGGGAUCGCCUGAGCCACUUCGCUGCAGCCGAUUUGCCGCCACCUUUUCGUCUUCGACGUUUCGCCGCCGUCUUUUCCCUGCGACUUUUCGCCAACGCCAUUUCGCCAUUGGGACGUUUCACCAACAACGUUUUUGCUGACGGCCCAAAUUCGCCUGCUAAUAGAAAGAAAUGAUUUUAAAAAUGUAUUUUAAAAAACGAAGAGUUUUUGUUGAUAAAAAGUUCAUCUGUGCUCAGGUCAUCUGUUUUCAGGUCAUCUAUGGUCAGGCCAUCUGUGUUUAGGUCUUCUGUGCUCAGGUCGUCCGUGUUUAGGUCAUCUGUGCGCAUGUCAUCUGUGCUUAGGUCAUUUGUGCGCAGUUCAUCUGUGUUCAGGUUAUCUGUGCUCUGGUCAUCUGUGUUCAGUUCAUAUACGCCCAGGUCGUCCGAGCCCAGAUCAUCGGUGCUCAAGCCCUCUGUGCCCAGGUCAUCUGUGUUCAAGGCAACUGUGUUUAGGUCAUGUGAGCGCAGGUCAUCUGUGAUCAGUUCAUCUGUGUUUAGGUAAUCUGUGUUCAGGUCAACUGUGUUUAGGUAAUCUGUGUUCAGGUCAUCUGUGCUCAGGUCAUCUGUGCUCAGGUCAUCAGUGCUCAGGUCAUCAGUGUUUAGGUCAUCAGUGCUCAGGUCAUCUACAAUACCUCCAUACCUCUAUAAUGCAAUAAUUUGGUGUGCAAAAAUGGUAUCUCGCUUUAUUUGCCUUCUCUUUGGAAGGCAUGUGUGCGGGUGCAUUCGUCAGAGGCGUGGCACAUACUUAACAAAAAUGAGAGUAAAUGUCUCUCAGUUUACACAUUGAUGCCCAUAUAUCCACGUAGCAGUUUAUACGAAACUAAGAGGCAAAACCUCAAACCGAUUUUGACCUUUGCACCUAUUUACAAAUUGCCUUAAAACACUUAAACAUACUUAAAUUUCUUGUGUAUUGAAAUAUCACUUUGAUAAUAAUUUUUUUUUUUUGGAUCAAAGUCGGCGAAACGGACGCCGGCUGGCCGUCCGGGGGCGAAACAGAGGCGGUGAAAUGGUGGUGGCGAAGUUGGUUCAGCAAAGAAACGGCGGCGAAUCGUUACGGUUCCUCGGGAAAGGUGGCGCACCGUCGCACGCCAGCGUGUUUACGCUGCCUCAUGGAUGUCAAUAGAUCCUUGACCUUGAAUGGAGCAGACGUGUGGGGGAGCCGUGUACACACCAGAGGAUAAUUUAUUCAUAGAACGUACUCAUGGAUGUAUGUUGAAAUUCUAAAGAAAAUUUUUUUAUUUUUAAAAAUAGACUUUUGCCUUUCUUGAUUCCUCCACCGCAAGAAUCAACCUUUUGCUGAGGUUCCCAGUGGACAUUUUUUCACUUUGCCUUUUAGUUGAAUCCACUUUUACGAUGACUAGAUUAUCCACAACUUACAUGUGCGUUAGAUCAAUGAUAACAAACUUACGCAAAGAAAUCAUUUUUUUGGUGUAAAUAUGUCAUUGAAACUGUCCAGUAUUAUUUUUGUAACGUUAUCAAGCCAUUGAAAACUUUCUUUUUCUUUCACGCCAUCAACAGUGAUCUGAGGACUAUACUCCCCUUCGUCCGUAGUACACGUGAACACUCUGAAAACAUCGGUUCUGAUAUCCUAGUGGCUGUUACAGAUAACAGCGUAGAGAUACCAAGCUUUAUCGAACACUACAGCAGAACGAACCUAGUGGAAGACAUAAAGGAUAUACAUGUGAACUCAUUCAACAAGGUACAUGCGUCGGGCUCAGCUGUCAGCUUAACGGGGCCGAUGAGGAACGAUUCCAGUGAAAGUCUCAUCAAUGUGGAUGACUCAAAUAUGUCCAAUGGCGACGCCAUAACUUCGAAUUCCGAUAGGACUACAGUUAACGUGAUGCCACCAAGCAUCGAUGCCAACUCGUCCGAUGGGUUUACUCCAGAAGUGAAUUCUCUUAUGCAGCUAUUCUGUCUUCUUAUAAACCGUAGGUGGCCGACACUGGAGAAGAUUAAAACCUAGUAUCUUACAUUGAUCAUUUGCCUGUGUGUCAAUCUGCUUGGCCCCAUCUAUUAGUCAAUGACAUAACCGGAAACUGUCAAUUAACAUCUUGAUGUUAUCCCUAUACAAACACUCAAGGGACAAACUAUUAUUUAAAAUGUGCUCAGCCAGGUAAGGAGGGCCGUAGAAAGGGGGAUUGAAGGGGCGAUCCACAUGAGAAGUUUUUUUCUCCCCUUUACAUUAGAGAGAGGCGUUUUCUGCCAGAUACAGAAUUUUAUUCUUAGAAUGUGGGUGCUAAAAAAUCUCGGCCCACCCCGGGCAUACUAAGACUAAGAACACUAAGGACACAUCAAUUUAAAGGAUGAUUUCUUCAAAUUCAUUCAACCCUCAUCUAAUGGUGCUUCUGACAACUGCCCAAGGAGCCAACUUAGAUUUUCAAUCAUCCAUGUGGUGAUUUAUAUUGAUAAAUAAUGUUGCAAUUUAUGUUUAUAAAUAAUGUUGCAGGCAAAUCCAUUUAUGGUUUCAACUUAAGGCUGAAUUGAAACAUGGAUUACGCUCUACUAAUCAAUAACUACCCUUAAAACCGAUUAUUUUUGUGCAAUAGAUUUUUAAACUUUAUAUUUCAACUUCCAAGUAACCUAAAUUAUCAUUAAUGAAUUAUUUUAAUAUAUUCUAGUUUAAACGUGUCUG